UACUCGCCGUGGCUCGAAUUCGGUGGACAAGAACUUUUGACGGGAUGGAGAAUUGGGAGGAGUCCGUCGUAGAACGGACCAGCUUUGGGCUUACGAAAGUUGCGGAAGUAGCUGUUUCUGUUUCCCCUUGGGAGUACGCGGUCUUGGCAUUUGGCCUGAUUUUGAUGGUGUUUUAUCGCAACAUGGAGUUUCAUUUCAUCGAGGACUUAUUGCGAGGAUUUAGGGGCGAAAUUCCCCUCCUUCAUUAUUGUUUGGAGUCCGAAUUAGCUGAACACAUACUACCACUGUGCAAAAAUUUGAAAAGAAGGUUCUGUGCAACACCAUGGCUAAGUAGUCCGCAUCUUCAAACUGCUUUUCUUCAUUUCAUAGGGAACCCGCCGCAGAUCGAAUACCAUCGGGAGCUGUUCAUAACGCCAGAUAAAGGAACUAUAGCGCUGGACUGGGUCAAACCACUUCUGGGUCAGAACGAGAAUGGCAUCGCUAGGGGUCGUACUAUCAGAAAAUCGGAAGAGUUACCAGUUGUCAUCAUCAUCCCAGGUCUUACUAGUGAAUCGAAUGAUCCGUAUGUGAAGCAUAUUGCAUACAGUUCCGCCAUGAAGGGCUGGAGGGCAUUGAUCGUAAAUCAUCGUGGACUUGGAGGUGUAUCUAUUACUUCGGAUCAGUUCUAUAAUGCGGGAUGGACUGAAGAUUUACGAAGAAUCAUCAACCACGUCUAUUUGAAAUAUCCACAAGCACCUAUUUUUACUAUUGGCACAAGUAUCGGUGCUAACAUACUGGUGAAGUAUCUUGGGGAAGAAGGCACUUCUACUCCUGUUGGUGCUGCUGCAGCUGUUAAUUGUCCUUGGGAUCUUCUGAUUUGCAACAGAUUUCUGUUCAGGAAGGGCAUUCAAAAACUUUAUAACAGAGUGCUAGCUUUUUGUUUGAUCAAGUAUCUUGGAACGCACCACCUUGCGAUUGGUCAAAUAGCAGAAUGGAGAGAUGUCAUGAAGAGCAAGAGUAUUUAUGAAGUUGAUCACCAUUUUACCCGGCAUACUGGGAAGUACGAGACUGUAGAUACUUACUACCGGCGAACUUGUAGUGCCGAUUAUUUGACAAAGGUUGCAGUUCCUUUGCUCUGCUUUAGUGCUCUGGAUGAUCCCAUUUGUACAAAUGAAGCUAUACCCUGGGAUGAAGUCACGGCGAAUCCAAACGUGAUUAUGGUAGUUACAAGACAUGGAAGCCAUCUUGCAUACUUUGAAGGUUUAACAGCUCGAACAAUAUGGUGGGUGCGAGGUUUAACGGAUUUCAUGGCAGCUAUGAUAUCCAGCAACCUCAUGCAUACACCACAGAAGAUUUCAGGAACAGUCUUGGAAACCUAUGAAGAAUCAGAUCUAAAGACACCUCACUUGAGUUCAUCAAGCAGUGGCCAGGUGGCCUCAGAGGAUCCACAGUUAUCAAGCUUGGCCGUAACAGGUGGAGUCUCAGUAUAUGAGAGGAACGCAAAAUAUGAGAAUGAGUUGGGUUCUGGAGAUGAAGAAGAUAAUGCUCUUGCUACUGGGGAGGUUGAAACAUCCGAAGUUUUACCGAAUGAAGCGGCGGUCACUCUCACGUUCAAGAAAAAGUCAGAACUUACUGCUAUGCAAUCAGCGCUCUCGCAAUUAUUACCACAGCUACAGGCAAACCAACCAGCGACGAUAUCUUCUGAGCAUUUGAAUCUCACCAAUGUCCAAGAUGAAGAUACUCCCAUGAAAGGAGUAGAGUAUACUGCGGCAGAGGCAUUGAUGGGCCAAUUGAAGCUGUCAGCUGUUUUGACUUUCCAGAUAUCUCCGCAUCAAAAUUUUGAAGCGCCGGUUAAGUAUCCAGUUGUAUCUGCACUAAAACGCUGCGGAGAAAAGGCAAGAAACUUGGCAUUGACUUGUAAUUUUCACCAAAGAUCUGGAGUGGAUGAUCAAGAGCCCUGCAGCAGUGCUUCGGGGAGGAACUUUACGGAUCAACCACAUGAGCAGGAAGUUGUCUCUCGAGGCAGUAAUAAGCGGGUUCUGCAGGCUGGAAGUUGGAAUUCGGAGCUUGCUCUGGUAUCAGCUCAAAAUAGAAGAAAUCUUUGGCUCCUUAUGUACUUAGCAUUAGUCACUACAUGCCCCUUGAUUGGCUCAGCUUUUUUAAUACGUUGGCGUGGAAAGCUGAUGAAUAUGACGAAGGGCCUGCUUUAAAAAGUCCCAUAUUUGUUAUGUGGCUAUACUUGGGACAAUAUUUUGGUUAGUAGAUAGGAAGCAGCUGCUGCAUUGUGUAUCAAUAAGCCAGUUGCUCAGGUCAAGAUGUCAGCAUUCUUGGUCUGAUACCAAUGAAUGAAAUAGCAGCUGAAGUUGCAAUUGGCGGCAUGCUGUGUACAAUCAGCGAUUGUUGAAGGUGAUAGCUAACUGUAAUUUGAGUGGUGGAGGGGUUUUACCAACUCAUAAGGUUGAUAACGAACUUCUGAAAUGAUGAGUGUAGAUUUGAAGGUUGAAGCCCGCUGCAUUAGCCAUGACAAGGAUGUGUGCUUAGGUCUCUGGUUGUGGCAGUUCGAAUUCCAGACGGAUAGAACAUAGCUCGUGGAGGAUAAAAGCUUAAAAUAACAGCAGCAUCUUCUCAAUCUUGAACAAUACUGGCACUAGAUUUGGGCAUAUAACGCAAAAUGCUUGCCCUUUCUGAUGCUCUGAAGGGUGUUUGGCCUCCAAAUGGUGUUGGCAGUCCAAGGUUUUCUUCAGAAAUAUAUGCAUUAGGUCUCUGUUGUGCAGUUGUUUUAGUUCUGUGUACACAGUACGAAAUUAGUAUAAUUUAGUGAUUGUUUUGUUGCUCGGAUUUUUUAGUAAUGCUGAGAUACUAGGUUAACUGAUUGAUUUCCAA